ACUAGGGGUGCCAGUAGCCCCUUUUGAGAAUCACUGCUCUACGUCAUCUUUCAAACUCAACAGCAGGACAACAUCAACAACCCGAUAAUUAAAGCAAAAUUGAGUCAUGGAAAAUUCAGGCAAACCCCAUAGGACUAAGCAGGGAACAAAGGAGAGGGGAGCUACGGCUGCAGGCAAGGGAGAAAAUUGGAAAAUGCAAGACCAGGUUUGUGGACAUGACUCCAGGUCAGAGGGAGGUCAGCAGGGAAAGAAGAACCAGGGUAGCCCCUACAAGGCAAGCCCCAAGAAGGAGGGACAAGGUACCCAGGGCCCCGUUGGAUUUAGAGGUGGCCAAAGCCCCUCUCAGAGAGACAGCCUCCGGAGGUUCCCCUGCACAGUUAACAGUGAUAUCUGUCAAGAGGAUGAUUGGAGAGGGUAUUCACAGCAGCAGCAGCACUGGAGGAGGAGAGGCCAGGGACAAAGUCCAAACGAGGAUGAAACCUAUUGUAGGAGUGAAAACACCGAUAUCAUCGGCCAUAGAUCUGGAAAAAAACAGAGGAAUAGAAACAAAAAAAGAGCUUUAGUUGAAGAGUACAAGGGCCUUGAAAGUGAGGAGUCCAGAUUCUCAGGUCAGGAGGUCCAAAACAUAUGGCCAGCAGAGAGAAGACUGAAAAGAGAGGGUAUUCACCUCGUAAGAAAGAAUUCCCAUAGCAAUCCUGCUGAGCAUUACACCUGCAGUUUGUGUGAAUGUCUUCUGGAGUCUAUUCCUCGUGCUCUGAAACACAUUGGGGAAAGACGUCACAAGAAGAGGGCUCGGGAGAAACAGGAGCAGCAGAUGCUAACUCAGAUCACGCCUCCAGGUCCAGAGCACAUCAGUGCAGUGACUGAAGCUCUAAAGGCUGUUGUCCAGGAGCAUGGGAUGAAAGACCAGGAUGUUUUGAUAAGAGAGGAGGUUGUCCUCACCAUGCAAGGACUUCUGCUGUCUGUCCUGCCAGAAAUAAAGCUCAGGCUGUAUGGCUCAUCUUGCACAAAGUUUGGAUUUAAGGAUUCUGAUGUCAACAUUGACGUUCAGUACCCCCCUCAUAUGCGUCAGCCAGAUGUCUUGAUGAAGGUAAAGGAGAUCCUAAGUGUGAGCUAUCUUUUUCUUGACGUGGAAGCUGACUUUCAUACCAUUGUGCCUGUGGUCAUCUGUAAAGAAAGAAAGAGUGGUUUAAUCUGCAAAGUGAGUGCUGGGAAUGAAAAUGCUUUUCAGACAUCCUCCUACCUGUCUGCCCUUGGAAAGAUGAACCAUCUCCUCCUCCCUCUGGUUUUGGGCCUCAGACGCUGGGCACAGCUCUGUGAAAUUGACCGUCCAGAGGAAGGGGGGUUGCCUCCACAUGUGUUUGCCCUCAUGGUCAUCUUCUACUUACAGAAGCGUAGAGAGCCUCUCUUGCCUACGUAUCUGAACCAGGGGGUGAAACUUUUUUCACUUAGUCGGCUGUCCGACUUCAAUCUCACACAUACUGACGAAGAGUACAUGCACUGGACCUUCUGCCCUCCCUCCAGAGAAUCCUCUCAGCCUGCAGAGAGCGCCACUAUAAAAGGAAAGGUGCCGCUGGUGUUUCAGAGCACCCGUCCAGCGGUGGAAGUUGGACUCCUCUGGAUAGAAAUGCUUCGCUUCUACUCGCUGGAGUUUAUCAUGGCUGACAACGUGAUCAGUGUUAGAACCGCCGCUGUCCUUUCUCGAGAGAUGAAAGACUGGCCAAAGAAGCGCAUCGCUAUCGAGGACCCGUUUGCUGUUAAAAGAAACGUGGCCCGGACUGUGAACAGCCAGCAAAUGUUUGACUACAUCCUUCAUUGCCUCAAGACCACGUAUAAAUACUUUGCUCUUCCGCUCAAUAAGUCUGCUGCUAACCACAGAGCAGGGGAAGCCAAGCCUGGCCAUGUCUUGGGAGCCGGCACUGAGGCUUUAAGCGGCCUCUCUGGGUUCAGUCAGCUCUCCCUUCAGUCCCAGCAUGCCAUUCAAACUCAAGCUGCACAAGAUGGCCCUGAUGACUCUGACUGCAUCAUUGAAGAAGAGGAGGAAUGCAGUGACUCUGAUGAAGAGAGAAGGAAGGAAAAGGAAGACCUUAGCAAAAUGCAUUUGUCAGAAGACGAGGAGGAUGAGGAUCUAGAUGUUGAUCUUCAGGGGCGUGAUCGACAGCACCUGGACAGCUUUACAACAGAGGAGGAAGACAUUUUCCCAAUCGAUGAUAUCUCAGGUGAAGAACUGCUGUCUGAUGAGGAACCACCAGAUUUGGACACACCGGGUUCUCCAGACGAGGACCAUGAACUGGUUCAUGUCAGGCGUUCAGCCUCACCUUCACAGAGCACGACUGAAAAUGAAAGCACAGACAAUAAAACCCAACAGCAGAGCCGAAGGGCUUAUAAAUUCACCAAGCAAGCUUUUACCAAAGGAAAAUCACAUAUGGUGGUGUGUAGCUUGUGCAAACGAGAUGGACAUCGGAAGAAAGACUGUCCAGAGGAUUUCACAAAGAUGGAGCUGGAUCCCCUUCCCCUGUUAACACCAGACUUUCUUCAUGUCCUUAACAGAGUCUGUGAACAAUGUUACAGUGAUUUUGUCCCAGAUGACCAGGAGACUGGUGUAAGAGAGCUCAUCCUUCAAGACCUGCAGAGCUUUGUGAGACGACAGUUUCCUGGGGCUCGGCUGCAACUGUUUGGCUCAUCCAAAAAUGGCUUUGGAUUCAGGCAGAGUGAUCUUGACAUCUGCAUGGUUCUGGAGGGAAAGGAAACCAUAGAUGAUUUUGAUUGCAUUAAUAUUAUUAAAGGCCUCGCAAGACAGCUGAAGAAACACCAAGGCCUUAAGAACAUCCUCCCCAUCACCACAGCUAAAGUACCCAUUGUUAAGUUUUACCAUAUUCGCACUGGGUUGGAGGGAGAUAUCAGCCUCUACAAUACACUGGCUCUUUAUAACACACGCCUGCUCGCAUCAUAUGCAGCCAUAGACAGAAGAGUGAAGAUCCUUUGUUAUGUUAUGAAGGUUUUUGCAAAGAUGUGCGAUAUUGGAGAUGCGUCGCGUGGAAGCCUCUCAUCCUACGCCUAUACUCUCAUGGUGCUUUUCUUCCUUCAGCAGAGAAACCCACCUGUCAUCCCAGUGCUCCAAGAGAUUUAUGAUGGAAAAACAAAGCCAGAAGUGCUCGUUGAUGGUUGGAAUGUGUUUUUCUUUGAGGAUUUAAAAUCACUGCCCCUUUACUGGCCACAUUGUGGAAAAAACACUGAGACUGUGGGGGAGCUCUGGCUCGGCCUGCUCCGCUUCUACACAGAGGAGUUUGACUUCAGAGAGCAUGUCGUUUGUAUCCGACAGCACGCCCGUCUCACCACGUUCAACAAGCAGUGGACCUCGAAGUACAUUGUCAUUGAAGAUCCAUUUGACCUGAAUCAUAAUUUGGGUGCCGGUCUGUCCAGGAGAAUGACAAACUUUAUCAUGAAGGCAUUCAUCAAUGGAAGAAGAGUGUUUGGCACACCUGUGAGAGUGUUUCCACCAAUUUAUCCCACUGAAAUGGAGUAUUUUUUUGACCCAGAGGUUCUGACCGAGGGAAAAGUAGCACCCAACGAUCGCUGCUGCCGGGUCUGUGGCAAGAUUGGACACUUUUUAAAAGACUGUCCCAUGCGCACCAAACCGAAAAAACGACGGGAAUCAGAGCACUUUCAGGAUUCCACAGAGGAACUCGUGGAUCCAGUCAGAUACAAGAAGGAACACUGGAAGAAAAGAGAUGCACUGGAGAUGCGCUGCUGCUUCCUGUGUGGAUCAAGCUCCCACAUCAAGAAGGACUGUCACCUUUACAGAAGUCCUGCAGGUAAUGUGAAAAUGGAAAACCUAACCCCCCCCUCGUCAGGCCACCUUAAGAAUAGGAGAGAAAAGGUGAAUCAGGGCUUAUCUGCACAAGAAGAAAGGAGGAGAAAGCAACAGAAUGUAAUUCUUAGUCCACAAGCAGGUAGUUUAGCUCGUCAAAACUUAAGCCGCUUUGGUCCCAAGAAAAGCCCAGAAGAGUGACAGUGCCCACUGGAUUCUCAGAACGAAGGAUUUCUGUUGUCUCCACAGACUACAACCCUUAUUUAGGGAAUACUCCCUGAAUCUGGAUGAUAUUAUUGGGUUGUUGGUUGCCCAUUAAAAAGCCAAAGCCUGGACAUUGAGACUUGAAGCCAAAAAGGGCCUUUUUAUGUGUGUGUUUCCUCUUUAGAGGUGCUUUUAAAACUUUUAUUUCUUACCAAGAGAAGCCAUUAUACCUGUCCAGUGUCUUUGUUUUCAUUCUGUUAAUUUUUUUUUUAUUCUUUGCAAACCAAUUCAGUAAUGGCAAUUUCAAAUCUGCCUCCCGUAAUCCUCAAAGAUUUAGUGUUAAAAAAUACUAGGAUAUUAUGUGCAGAGGUUUUCUGCUAAAAUGAAAACGAAGAAGAUUGGCAUUGUUUUUUUAAUGCCUUAACUCAGUUGUUUAUACAAACACCAUCUCAAUGUAAAAUCACUAUAUUAUAAAAUGUUGCUCUGGUCUGCUAGAGAUUCAUAUUUUUAUUGGCGUUUAAUAAUAACUUGAUGAAGAUUUUAAUGGCAAUGUUUAGUUGUAUGGGGUUCUUUUAUUUUCUUACCUUAUAUUUUAAAUUCUGCCUCAUUUUUGUGCUUCAAUGAGGCCUAUUUUUUUCUGUAUAAAUCCCCUAGAAUGAUUAAUCAAGUUGGGUUGGGAAAAAAAAUUAAAGGAUUUGCUGUGAGAGCUACGCCGUCGCUUAUAUGCCUGCAUGCGAAGACAGAGGCUAAUCUUCCAACACUGUUUCUUCACUCAUGACUGGAAAUGGAAUAACGUUGCUGAGGGAAAAAGUUUCAGACCGGCAUGGGUCUGAAUUUCAGGCCCUUUUAUAUGGAUACCACAGAUUUGGUAGCUGCACUGUGAGGGUCCAAGCCCUUCAAUUUGUUUUGCUGCUUGUUCAUUUUUCCCUGCCAACAGUUAAUUAUUAAAUACAAAAAAUGCCAUUUUUAUUUUUGCAUUUUUCUAAAACAAAGCUUUUGUUUUCAUGAGUUUUAUUGUUUGAGUUUAUUUUAAUACCAGCCUUUUUAUAAUUGUUUUGAUGCACUGAAAUUAUCAAAGCAUUUCAUGUGUAAUUAAGGAGUCCUGAUAUAGGAAGGAAAGGCUGGUUAACACUCGAUUUUGUCUGGGGAAAGAAAAUAAAACAUAAUUUUACAA